GUUAUCCAAGAUGGCGGACAUGGCUGAGUAUUCAGUCGAGGAACUUCGAAAAUUCAAAGUCCCUCAACUGAAGCAAAAGCUUCAAGAGAUUGGAUUAACAACCUCAGGUCUCAAGGCAGACUUGAUAGAAAGAUUGCACAAAUAUUAUGUUGAGCAAGCUCAGCUAAGACAGCAAUUUAUACUUCAGCAACAACAACAGCAGUUACUUCUUCAAGAAAGCAAAGCUGCCCAAGAACAGCAACUUCGUCAGCAACAAUAUGCAGUUGUUGGACAACCUGUCAUAGAAGAAGCCAAUCUUCCUAAAGUCCAAGAAGUUGAAAUUGCUUCUGAACCCGUACCAGAGGAGAGUGAAGACACAACUGUCAGUGAGCAAUCUUCAGUUUCUGAAGAGAUUGACAGCGUCGUUGAAGGGCAAAAGUCACCCCUAGAAGAUGCACAGGAAUCAAUACGCGAACCAACCAUUACUGAAAAACCUAUUGAGAACAUCAAACAAGAAGUAAAACCAACAAUAGAAACUAGCAUGGAUGAGGUACCUUGUUCAUUAGAUGAAGAUAUACAAGAUCCUAUCAUUCAAGAGCCUGUCGUUCAAGAGUACACAAAGCAAACAAGUCAUGAAGAAGUUGUUUCAAAGACUCUUGACAGUGAGCCACUUACAAGUGAAGUUAUUUCAGAAAUAAAGAAAGAAGAGGUUCACAAAGAUUUAAUACAAGAUAGAGAGAAAGAAACUAUCCCAGAAGCAAUUGAACAACAGCAAGAACCUCAUAAAGAACAAGAAGUAAUUUCACAAGAAGCUGACAAGGGUGUUCCUAAUGAAGGUCAAGACGAGGCAGCUCAACCCUUCAUUGAGCAACAUAUUGAGCAAGUAAUACCUGAAGAAAAACUAGAAAUGUUAGCAAAGGAACCCGUAGCAAGUCUAGAUGUUGUUGCUCCAGAGAGGAUGCACCAGCCCGUUGAAAGUCAAGAAGAAUUUGAUCAGGUUGAAGAAUUUGAAGGGAAAGAAAAUAUUCCAGAUACUUCACAGCAAAAAACUAAAAAGAAGAAAAAGAAGAAGAAGAAGCGAAAAGGAAAACAAAAAGAGCAAGAAAAGGAUAUGGACUUGGAAGAUGAAGAAGACAAAGUAGACAUUGAGUAUGUUACUGAAGACAUGGAGCUUACAAAUCCUUACUUCAGGACAUUCUCUCAGAUAUUUGAGAAAUUCAAGAUUUCAGCCCCAGAAGAAACAGCAGACCAAAAGAAAGCUGAUGAAAAGAAAGAUGACCAGGCGGAUCCUAAGAAGGUGGAUCAGAGAGAUCCUCUUGUGCUAGAAGACGAUGAAGAAAUUGAGAAACCUCCAGACUCGGGUGAGCCCAAACUUUCUAAGAAAAAACUGAAGAAGAUGAAGAGACUUUCAGUAGCACAGCUAAAAUUAUUGGUUGAUAGGCCAGAUCUUGUGGAAAUGCAUGAUGUAAAUGCACCUGAUCCAAAGUUCCUUAUCUUCCUUAAGUCUGUUAGGAAUUCAGUUCCAGUACCAAGGCACUGGUGUUUUAAAAGAAAAUAUCUACAGGGUAAACGUGGUAUUGUCAAGCCUCCUUAUGAGCUUCCUGAGUUUAUUAAGAAAACUGGAAUCAUGGAGAUGAGAGAAGCCAUGCAAGAGAAGGAAGAUCAAAAGGGUCUUAAAGCAAAAAUGAGAGAAAAGAUUCGGCCCAAGAUGGGGAAAAUCAACAUUGACUACAAGAAAAUGCAUGAUGCUUUCUUCAAAUGGCAAACCAAACCCAAACUAACUAUACAUGGGGAUCUCUAUUAUGAAGGAAAAGAGUUUGAGACAAAACUUAAAGAAAAAAAGCCUGGUGAUCUGUCAGAUGAUUUGAAAGCAGCACUUGGUAUGCCAACUGGACAGGGAAGCCACACAGUCCCACCUCCCUGGUUAAUAGCCAUGCAGCGUUAUGGCCCUCCACCCUCGUAUCCAAACCUCAAAAUACCUGGUUUAAAUGCACCCAUACCAGAAGGGGCAUCAUUUGGGUACCACGCUGGUGGGUGGGGUAAGCCACCUGUUGAUGAAACAGGACGUCCACUAUAUGGAGACGUGUUUGGUGUUCUUUCACAUGAUAUUCAUCACGAGGAGGAAGAGGAUGGUGUGCUAAGGAGAUACUGGGGUGAGGUGGAAUCAGAGGAAGAGUCUGAGGAAGAAUCAGAGGAGUCAGAAGAAGAGGAAGAAGAUACAACGGGAUUGAUCACUCCUGCAGCAACGGGUUUGGUUACACCAAGUGGUCUUACGUCCAUUCCUGCGGGUAUGGAGACACCGGAUAUGAUUGAAUUAAGAAAGAAGAAAUCUAUAGAAGAAGCCAUGGAGGCAGGCUCAGAACAGCCUUCAUUGUACACUAUGUUACCAGAGAAAAGAAUCAAUGUAGGAGCUGCUAUGAUGGGUUCGGCACACGUCUAUGAUAUAACAGGGGCUGCACCGGCCACAACGAAAAAGGCUGCUGGAGGUGAAGGAGUCGAUGUUGCUCUUGAUCCCAGUGAACUGGAACUGGAUCCUGCUGCAAUGCAAGCAAGAUAUGAUGAGCAAAUCAAAGAGAGGGAAUUUGUAAAAGAAGAUUUCAGUGACAUGGUUGCAGAACACGCAGCAAGACAAAAGAAACGAAAGAAAGCAACAGAUAGUGGAAAAGCUGCUAAGAAGUACAAGGAUUUCAAGUUUUAACAGGCUAGUGACAGUUUUAGAUUAAUACUAAAUUGGAAGUUGAACAGCAUUAUGCAGGCAAACAUGAAGCAACUUGUACCUCUAGCUCAUGAGUAGCUAAUUCAAAUGGAUAUUUCUACAUACUUUAGAUUAUUUUACCCUAAAACUCUAGUGUAUUUACAUCAAACUUCUAAAGAAUAACUUAGACCAGAUUGUAGCUCAAUAAAAGCAAGAACAUACUUUUUUAAGUAACAGCCCAUUGAAGACAUCCUUGGCAUUUUCUUACACCGAUUUUAAAACUCAUUGUUUAUUGGGAAUGGUACGGGUGACAUUGGACUUUAGUGGAAUUUUGCAAGCUACAGCAUUGUAAGACCACAAGUCUACUGCUGUAAUUUUUCUGUGAAUAUAAUGCAUGGUAAAGGCCUCUUUUUAGUGAAUGUACUGUAACAGUUCAGAGUCUCACAAUACAUGUUGUAUAGUAAGCAGUUUGUUGUGAACUCAGUCAAACGAAAUUGUAAAAUAUCAAGACUUUACAAAUAAACUUAUUUAAAUACAA